CAUUGACACGCCCGACUGCUCAUGUUGCAUAAUCAUGAUUUUUAUUGAUAAAGUUCGAUUUGCAGGCGACGUAACCGUAAUCAUUCUGUUCUUUGUUGUCUCACUAAGUUAUCAGUCAAUGUUGAAGCUUUCCCAGCUAUUUUCCAGAUCGAAUCGUCAAAACAUGUCUGCAGAUAUGGACUUACUGAAGAAAAUUGCUUCAAACGCCCUAAAGAAGGUGCCCAAUGGAGAGACUAUAGAAAUCCAGUCAUUAUGGAAAGAAAAUACUGCAGUUUUGUGCUUUAUUCGUCGAUUUGGUUGUCCUGUGUGUCAGUACCUUGCCAGACAAAUUAGCAAACUGAGACCAAUUCUAGAUAAACACGAUGUUAAAUUGAUCGGAAUUGGCCCUGAGGAACUGGGUUCCAAAGAAUUUUAUGAAGCAAAGCAUCUGGAUGGAGAUGUAUACUAUGAUCCAGAGAAAAUGUGUUAUAAAGCACUUGGUUACAAUAAGUACAACAUGUUUAAUGUUCUUGGAGGUGCUUUGAGUUCAAAAACAAGGGAACUUGCUAAUUUAGCUAGCAAAGAAGGAUUAAAAGGAAAUUUCAGUGGAGAUUUGAUGCAGAUGGGAGGAGUUUUGGUUGUUAAAAAAGGUGGUGAAGAGAUUUUAUUUAAUUUCAAACAACAAAGUGCCGCAGAUCAUGUUGAAAAUGAAAAAAUUCUUCAAGCUUUGGGAAUUCAAGAAAAGAUUGAAAAAUCAGAAGACUCUGGACCAUCAUGUAAUGCAGAUGCGUGUACAUUAUAAGAAGACCAAUAGACAGACUACUUCCAGUGUUCGGCUCGCUUUCUUUUAUAACACGAAGCUAGACCUGCUGAUGAAAAAAUGUAUUUCUACUACUCCCAUGCAACCAUUUAUAUACGUUCAUUUCUACGUUUAUUUAUUAAUAAAAGCAGAAAAUAUAUAUA